GGCACACUGUGGGGUAUACUCGAGGAAACGUAGUCAAGCGAUCGUCCGGCUGUGGAUACGAGCUUCAGGCUCGGUGUAGAUAGAAAGUUAAUUUUGAUAAUAGGAAAAACGUUUUUUUUAUUUUUCGUAUAGUGAUCCGCGCACCCAUUGAACUUGUAUGUGGUUCAUGGUUUCUUGAUGCAGUUGGAUCAGUAGUGGUUGUUAAAGUGCAGGGCAACGGAGUGCAGAAUCUGUGGUGAAUUUGAGUGAAUGCGAGGGUCGUAUCUGCAAGCCAUCAGAUAGCUGGGCUCAUUUAGCGAGAGUUGAGUGAUUACAGUUAGUUUUAUCAAUUAAAAGAGUGGCAUAUAGUGUUGGUGUUAACUGGAGUUCGCUAACAGGGCAGAAGCUCGAACGCAUGUAGGAACAUGGCCGCAUCCAACCCCUGCCUCCCUCUAGAGGUUGGCAGAAGUACAAGAGGAGGUUCACAGGGACACUGGAUACUCAAGUCAGUACUGGUGAAGGAAGAGAUUGGCCGGAUUGAAUUGACUCGGUGACUGAGUUAGUUUGGGAGGGGAGGUAUUUGGCGUGGUAGAAAUGGCACCAGCACGGGAUCAAGGAGGGGGGACAGGCGUGUCGGGGGGCCCUUCUUCGCUCUUUAUUUUGAGUGAAGAAAAUUGCAUAAGAAAACACACACGUUUUAUAAUUGAGUGGCCUCCCUUCGAGUACGCCGUCCUUCUUACCAUUAUUGCAAACUGCGUGGUGCUUGCACUCGAGGAACAUCUCCCCUGCCAUGAUAAAACCGUGCUCGCACAAAAACUCGAGUCUACAGAGAUCUACUUUCUCGGGAUUUUUUGCGUAGAAGCAAGCCUGAAGAUCCUUGCACUAGGCUUCGUUCUCCAUCGUGGUUCCUAUCUUCGUAACAUCUGGAAUAUCAUGGACUUUUUUGUUGUUGUAACUGGGUUCAUCACGGCGUUCCCACAUGGCAUAAAUCUGGAUAUGGAUCUACGAACGUUACGUGCAAUACGCGUGUUGCGACCGCUCAAACUAGUCUCCGGCAUACCGAGUCUGCAGGUUGUACUCAAAUCCAUCAUCAAGGCAAUGGCACCUUUGUUACAAAUUGGAUUGUUGGUUCUUUUCGCCAUUGUGAUAUUCGCCAUCAUCGGCCUCGAGUUUUAUUCAGGAACGCUGCACAAAACGUGCUAUAGUAUAGAAAAUAUCCAACAAAUUGUAAAAGAAGGUGACCUGCCGAACCCGUGCAAUACUGACGAACCCAGUUUGGCGCCGUUAGGUGCUCACGUGUGCAACCUCAGUACUUCGCUUUGUGCAGACCGCUGGGAGGGACCAAACAACGGCAUUACUAGUUUUGACAACAUUGGAUUUGCUAUGCUCACCGUCUUCCAGUGUAUCACUAUGGAGGGUUGGACUGCCAUAUUAUACUGGACAAAUGACGCUCUUGGUAGCACUUUCAACUGGAUUUACUUUAUUCCUUUGAUCGUCAUUGGAUCUUUCUUCAUGCUGAAUUUAGUUCUUGGUGUUUUGAGUGGAGAGUUUGCAAAGGAGAGAGAAAAAGUGGAAAAUCGUCAAACAUUUUUGAAGUUACGAAGGCAACAACAACUAGAACGAGAACUCAAUGGCUAUGUUGAAUGGAUUUGUAAAGCAGAGGAAGUUAUUCUCGCCGAAGAAAGAACAACAGAAGAGGAAAAAAUGCACAUAAUAGAAGCCAGGAGAAGAAAUGCUGCGAAAAGAAGAAAACUUAAAAAUCUUGGAAAGAGCAAAAGCACAGAUACGGAAGAAGAAGAUGGUGACGAUGAUCCAGAAGAUGGAUUUACGAGAACUUCCUAUCUGAAGUCAAAAGUGAAAAAUAAAGGUGCCUGUUUGGAAUUCUGGCGAGCUGAGAAAAGAUUUAGGUUUUGGAUAAGACAUACAGUUAAAACCCAGGGGUUCUACUGGUUUGUCAUUGUAUUAGUCUUUUUCAAUACAGCAUGUGUAGCAGUCGAACAUUACGAUCAGCCUGAAUGGCUUACUGAUUUUCUAUAUAUUGCGGAGUUUGUAUUCCUAGGCCUUUUCAUGUUUGAAAUGUUCGUCAAAAUGUACGCACUCGGGCCACGCAAUUAUUUCGAGUCGAGCUUCAACCGAUUUGACUGCGUUGUCAUUUCGGGAUCCAUAUUUGAGGUGAUAUGGUCUGCUGUAAAAUCUGGCUCGUUCGGUUUCUCCGUCCUUCGUGCCCUUCGACUCCUAAGAAUAUUUAAAGUAACUAAGUACUGGGCCAGCCUUAGGAACCUUGUGAUUUCACUGCUCAAUUCAAUGCGCAGCAUUUUGUCUCUCCUCUUUCUGCUCUUCCUAUUUAUUCUCAUAUUCGCCCUUCUUGGUAUGCAGCUUUUUGGUGGACAAUUCAACUUCGAUAGUGGAACGCCGCCUACGAAUUUCAACACUUUCCCCAUUGCACUACUCACUGUCUUCCAAAUUUUGACUGGUGAAGACUGGAAUGAAGUUAUGUAUCAAGGCAUUCAAUCUCAAGGUGGUCAUAAAAAGGGAAUGAUAUAUUCUCUUUAUUUUAUCAUUCUGGUGCUUUUUGGUAACUAUACCCUGCUAAAUGUAUUUUUGGCUAUCGCUGUUGACAAUUUAGCCAACGCGCAAGAAUUAACUGCUGCUGAAGAAGAACAAGAGGAAGAAGACAAGGAGAAACAGAAACAAGAACUUGAAAAGGAAAUGGAGGCUCUACAAAUGCCAGGAGACGGAACUAACCCAAAAGUCGAAAUCUCUCCACCCAGUCCGUCGCAAAACUUUAAAAGUGGAAAUACUGGUAAACAAAUUUCCGAAGAAAAAAAACAAAAUGACGACGAUGAUACGGGACCAAAACCAAUGCUGCCAUAUUCGUCUAUGUUUAUAUUGUCUCCUACAAACCCCGUAAGAAGAGGAGCACAUUGGGUAGUAAAUCUGAGAUACUUUGACUUCUUUAUUAUGGUCGUGAUUACGCUUUCGAGUAUGGCGUUGGCUGCCGAAGAUCCAGUAGAUGACGACUCUCAGAGGAAUACAAUACUCAAUUACUUUGAUUACGCUUUUACUGGAGUUUUCACGAUAGAGAUGAUCCUUAAGGUUAUCGAUUUAGGAGUAAUUCUUCAUCCAGGGUCGUACCUACGAGAGUUUUGGAACGUCAUGGAUGCAAUUGUUGUUAUAUGCGCGGCGGUGUCUUUCGCGUUUGACAUGACUGGUAGUUCAGCGGGUCAAAAUCUAUCGACUAUAAAAUCAUUGCGUGUGCUUCGAGUACUAAGACCUCUUAAAACUAUAAAACGAGUGCCGAAACUUAAAGCUGUGUUCGAUUGUGUGGUAAAUAGUUUAAAAAAUGUCAUUAACAUUCUCAUAGUGUACAUAUUAUUUCAAUUCAUCUUUGCUGUGAUCGCAGUGCAGCUAUUUAACGGAAAAUUCUUUUACUGUACAGACGAAAGUAAAUACACAAAGGCGGAAUGUCAGGGUCAAUUCUUUGUAUUCGAAGAUGAUCGAAUGAUUCCUGAAGCAAAAGACCGAGAAUGGCUUACACAAAGUUUUCAUUACGAUAAUGUUAUGGCAGCGAUGUUGACAUUAUUUGCUGUACAAACAGGGGAGGGCUGGCCCCAAAUCCUGCAAAAUUCAAUGGCUGCAACGUACGAAGAUCGAGGUCCUAUCCAAAAUUUUCGAAUAGAAAUGUCUAUAUUCUACAUUGUAUAUUUUGUUGUAUUUCCAUUCUUCUUCGUCAACAUCUUCGUGGCCUUGAUCAUCAUCACUUUCCAGGAACAGGGUGAAGCAGAAUUACAGGAUGGAGAAAUUGAUAAAAAUCAGAAAUCCUGCAUAGAUUUUACAAUACAAGCCCGUCCACUGGAGAGGUACAUGCCUAAAGAGCGUAACAGUAUGAAGUAUAAAAUAUGGAGGAUAGUAAUGUCUACCCCUUUUGAGUACUUCAUCAUGAUUUUGAUUGUACUAAAUACAUUAUUACUUAUGAUGAAGUAUCACGAGGCGCCUCCUGUUCUUUUGGACAGCUUGACCAUAGUGAACUUGAUCGUCACCUUACUUUUCCUCAUAGAGUGCAUUCUUAAACUCGUCGCCUUUGGAUGCAAGAAUUUUUUCAAGGAUCCUUGGAACACAUUUGAUUUCAUCACAGUCAUCGGUAGCAUCGUGGACGCUUUAGUAAUUGAAUUUGGGGCAAAACUAUCUGCACUCUUCAAUGUGAAGUGCACAAAUAUCGAUAUGCAUACGAAAAAAUGUAAGGAGAAUUUCAUCAAUGUGGGAUUCCUAAGGUUAUUUCGUGCUGCGAGGCUUAUAAAACUACUCAGGCAGGGCUACACAAUACGAAUUUUGUUGUGGACCUUCGUUCAAUCUUUUAAGGCAUUACCAUACGUUUGUUUACUGAUUGCAAUGUUGUUCUUCAUCUAUGCAAUUAUUGGAAUGCAGGUAUUUGGCAACAUCGCCUUGGACGAGAAGUUUUCGAUUAACAAGCACAACAAUUUCCAAAGCUUCAUUCAAGGUCUGAUGCUACUUUUUAGAUGUGCUACUGGUGAAGCAUGGCCAAAUAUAAUGUUGGCAUGUGUGAAAGAUCGUCCUUGUGAUGCCAACGCCAAGAAGGGUGAUGGGGAAACAUGUGGAUCAAAUCUUGCUUACGCUUACUUCGUAUCAUUCAUUUUCUUCUGCUCUUUUCUCAUGUUAAAUUUGUUUGUCGCUGUCAUUAUGGAUAACUUUGACUACCUCACUCGUGAUUCUUCAAUUUUGGGAGCUCAUCAUCUGGACGAAUUUGUUAGAAUAUGGGCGGAAUAUGAUCCAAAUGCAACUGGGAAAAUUCACUAUUCUGAAAUGUACGACAUGCUCAAGAAUAUGGAUCCUCCAUUGGGAUUUGGAAAUAAGUGUCCAAAUAGGCUUGCCUAUAAGAAGCUCAUCAGAAUGAAUAUGCCAGUCGACGUGGAUGGGAAAGUUAAUUUUACUACAACAUUGUUUGCCUUGAUUAGAGAAAAUCUUAGCAUCAAGAUGAGAAAUGCAUCUGAGAUGGACCAAGCAGAUGAUGAGCUUAGGGAAACCAUAAAAAAUAUUUGGCCAUUGCAGGCUAAGAAGAUGUUGGACCUAUUGAUACCUAGAACCGAAGAACUAAAUAAAAGCAAGCUUACUGUUGGCAAAAUAUACAGUGGUCUACUGAUUCUUGAAAGUUGGCGAACAACAAGGUUUGGUCAAAUAGAAGGAACUGGUGGUCAAAUUGAUAACGAUCUUAUCGAUAACGAUAGUGCCGGGCAAUACCCUGCAGCCCAGGCGCGAUCAACCAUAUUCAACUGCCUCUUGGACAUGGCUGGAGUCAAUCAUACGGGGAAUAAUCAUGGCGCUGGAAGUCGAACGAAUAGUUUGGAACCACCUAUGGACUCUGAUUUCAAAAAUGAACAACAUAGAGAAUUCAGAUUGGGAGAAGAUGGUCUUUUUGCUCCUACCGAAACUAAACGCCGACAUAGCUUCAGGAACAAAAAGGUGAACUGGCAGUUUUUCCAGCAAUAUAAUAAGCUAGAGAACGACGAAGAGAAUAGUCAGAUGGAUUUGCAGAAUAUGAUAAUUAGUGAUUCACGCGGGGGCAGUCUCGAAAGUCUAACUCAUCCCGGCGAAAGACAUCUCCACCAUUCAACGCAUCCAUCACAUCAUUCUAGAUCUCCGAGUUUAAGGAGAAAUUCGCCGAUUUUCCACAGGUCACCAUCACCAUCUCGGAGACAUAUAUAUGAUCAUCAUAGUAAUAUGCAGCACUUCAGUGAUACUGUAAACAACGUUGUAGAAAUUCAGAGGCAAACUCAUCAACCGCAUCCAUCUCAACAUAAUCAUCGACACAAAAUUAGAGGUCCAUGGAGUGCAUCUACAAGUCCUGCAAGGUCUCCUAGUCCAGUGCACCCUACCGACUACGAUUAUCCUUAUGGUACUACAAGUCUAGAUCAACGUUCCCGAAGUCCCAGUCCAAUUGAAGACAGAACGCCUGGACAUCCUCAUCAUCACUAUCAUCACCCCCAUCAGCAUAGUUACCCUGUGCUUGUCGUGCGAAGAGGUCAGGGACGAAGACUACCGCCAACUCCAAACAAACCCUCGACCCUCCAACUGAAGCCUUCAAACAUAAACUUUCCUAAACUAAAUGCCUCACCCACUCAUGGGCCCCACGUAAUCCAUGUGACGGGAUCACAGCAUGUUUCAAAUUCAAAUGCUUCACAUAGUCACGGUCCCCUUAGUUUUGAGCAGGCAGUAGCAAUGGGUCGCGGAGGACGCAUGCUACCGAGUCCUGUUCCCAACGGUUAUAAACCCCAACCCGUUCAAACGAAACAAAGAACAACAAGAUCCAAGCACUCAGACAGUGACGAAGAUGACUGGUGCUAGCCAAUGUGGAAACCGAGACACUGGUCCGGUGACAAAAAGCAUUCAAAAGGCCUCUCAGUUGGCGCUUGAGAGAACUGCCUACUUUUUAAAUGAUAAUUCAUUAGUCGGGACGUGGAAAAAUCAGAAAGACAAUUUCCCGACAACAAAAUGUCGCAAGACUGAACCUUUCUAAUCGGUACUGUUACAAAAGCUGCUAGUCAAAAAACAUGGUUACGAAAUCUUUUCGUGAAGUUUAAAUUGUUAAUCAGAAUGUUUCAUAUUCAAGUGAUAUCAGCAAGUGUUCUCAAAUUAUAUUAUUUAAUAUUGUCUCGACGCGUGUAAAAAAUCCAGUGUUAUAUAUUUAUUUUAAUUUUAAUGUUCUUGUGUCAGAUACUUAAUUAACUUACUCGUUCUUAAAUGGCUUGAGAGGUAAUACAAAUUUUUUGUAUAGACAUUGUACAAUAUCGUCAAUAAAAUAAUCAAAUGGCUCCCAAGAAACCGGAACUUUUAAUAAAUGAACUUAAAAUUACUUUGCAUUAGCAGCUUAGUAUAUGCGCAGAAGCUCUCAAGGUACUCAGUACAAGGUCUUCAGUAUUCUUAAUUUUUUAUACGACGUCUUCAAUAUGUUAACCGCGAAAAAAUAUCAAUCCUAAUACUAAUACUAAUGAAAUUGUUAUGAUUAAUUAUCUUCUUCUCAAAUUAAAGAAACUGGGAAUAAAAUUUCAGUCUAUUGUAUUUCAAUUCUGCGAAACAAAAUGAUUCAACGUAAUUUUCUUUUUAUUUGACCUUGUUUUCUUGUUAACGAAAUAAUUUUAUUUUUCAUAAAGAACAGAAAAUAGAGGGUAUAUGUAAAUUUAGAAUCAUAAUCACAUUUGACAUUUUUUUUUUUUUAUUUUAGUUAAUGAAAACUAUAAAUCACAAUGGUUGAAUAAGAGUUGAGUUUGAGUGUCUGAUGAACUCUUGACAAGUUGAGAUGCUCAAUAUUUAAACCCAAUCAAAUGUGGCCGUAUUAAGUAUUCGUAUUUUAUGAUGUUGACAUUCUGUCAAUUAUUGUAACAAAAUGUCUUAAACAUGAGAGCUUUUACAUAAAUAUAAAUAGUUUUUGUUUUCUUAAGGUAAUAAGUAUCAAUUGGAAAAAUGGUUCUGAUCUGGGUAUAUAAGCGAUAAAAGUUUCACAAUAUUGUAAAAUAUUUGUAUCUACAUAUUGUAUUUUAGAACACUGCUAAAAUAUUCCAUAAAAUUGCGUAAACUUGCUUUCUAUUUCAAAUAAUGUAAUAAGAGGAAUAUUUAAAAUAAUAUUGAUAUAGUCGGGUUCUAACACUGACGAAUUGUCGGAGUAUUUUCCACUUUUUAGGCUGCACAAUGACGAAUGCUGCUUGGACAAAUACAUAUGUAAAAUUAAAUUGAAUUUUUACGUUGGCAUGAAAAGGGACCACUUUGUCAAAUUUAUUUUAGGAAAUAAUCGCAAUUUUCUAAAAAUGGUUCAGAUAUUCUAUAACGUUGCAAUUUUUUUACUUUUUUUAAGAGGGGUCUAUGACCUCUUCAAAUUGCUAGAAAUUUAAUCAAGAAUAUGAUCAUCAGAUAAGUCCAAUACUGCCAAAGUAUACCUUUUUCAUGUGGACUUACACAAAUAUACGGGGAUUGAAAAAAAUUAAUUACCUUUGAUGCGGGAUUCGUCAAUGUGAAUUUCGCUAAUGUUGCAACCCAAUUAUACUUUAAAAAAUUAAAAAUUUUAUUGUUUUACUUAAACAUUUCUUAAAAUUAUUUCAUUUUAUUAAGAGGUUACGCCACAGCAGAGUAUAUUAUGUGUUAUUGACUGAUUUACCAUAAAUCAUAUUAUUUGUACGAGUUUGGUAAGUUAGUGAUUUUUACAUUAUUAUUUAUUGAAAUAAAUUGAAAUUUAUUGAAUGCAGAAAAUAAGGACUAUUUGGAGAAGAAGUUGUUUGAUAAAACUUUAUUUACUUAGAAUUUUUAUUUACUCAUUGUCAGUAUGUAUACACAAAUAACACAACUUCUUGUACGGAACAAGACACAAUAUUGAAUGGUAAGAUAGGCAAUAAUACAUUUAAAAUAAAAAUCAUAAUUUUGGUUUACUGAGCAAUACAGUGUGUUAAAUUCUGUAAAAGAAGUUGUGUCAUAUUUGUAAAAUAGUAUAAGGAGAAUAAAGUAAAGAUUUUUUUCUUUUUUUCUUUGUUUUUGUUAAGGAGAAUAAGUUUGUGUUGCAUAAAUUCUGCAAUACACUCACUUCGACGCGGCCUUUACAGUAAACGAACAAGAGGGCCCUAAGCAGCACGUAAUAUUACUUUGUUAUAUAACUAUAAUAUUACUUUGAAUAUUCGUAAUAUUACAUUGAUUUCAUUCCAAUAUCAAAAUGUCUGCUGCAUUGUAAUAUUAUACGUUGAUAUUGAAGUAAUAUUUUUGACGCACUCCGAAUAAAGGUAUCUAAAAAGUAAAGAACCUUCGAAAAGUUAUGUUUGUGUUAACUAAAAUCAGUUUUUAUUAAUCAUUUUAGAUGUAAAUAAAUAUUGAGAGUUAACUCCCCCCAGUAAACGAAAACUAAUUGAAAUGAAUUAAAAAGAAUUCACAAAGAGCUUUCGUGA